AUGUCCCGCGACCCCACCCGCCCAAACAUCGUCCUCAUCCUCGCCGACAACCUCGGCUGGGGCGAGCUAGGCUGCUACGGCGGCGGCGCCCUGCGCGGGGCACCCACGCCCCGCAUCGACGCCUUCGCCACGACCGGCCUCCUCCUGCACAACUUCAACGUCGAGAGCGACUGCGUGCCCACCCGCUCGGCAUUGAUGACGGGGCGGCACCCGAUCCGGACGGGGUGCCGGCAGUCCGUCCCGGCCGGCUUCCCUCAGGGCCUGACGCCGUGGGAGCGCACGCUGGCGGAGUGCCUGAAGGACGCGCCGGGCGGCGGCUACGCGACGGCGCACCACGGCAAGUGGCACCUCGGCGACGUGCCUGGGCGGUACCCGUCGGAUCGCGGGUUUGAUGAAUGGUUUGGGAUACCGCGGACGACGGACGAGAGCCAGUUCACGUCGGCGCUGGGGUUCGAUGCCGAGGUGGCGGAGCUGCCGUAUAUCAUGAAGGGCGUGGCGGGGGAGGCGUCGGAGAACGUGUGCGUGUACGAUUUGGAGAAGAGGAGGUUGAUUGAUGAGAUGCUGGUCGAGAGGAGCAAGGAUUGGUUGUCGAGACAAGUGAAGGCGGAGAAGCCGUUCUUCCUGUACCACCCGCUCGUCCACCUGCACUUCCCGACGCUGCCGCAUCUGGACUUUGCCGGGAAGACUGGAAACGGCGAGUUUGCGGACUCCAUGGCCGAGAUGGACUACCGCGUGGGCCAGAUCCUCGACCACAUCGACGACUUGGGCGUGCGGGAGAACACGGUCGUCAUCUUCGCGUCGGACAACGGGCCCGAGUUCCGCCCGCCGUAUCGUGGCACUGCGGGGCCUUGGACGGGAACGUACCACACAGCUAUGGAAGGUAGCUUACGUGUGCCAUUCAUUAUCAGAUGGCCCGGCAAAGUGCCGGAGAACGUCGUGUCCAACGAGAUGGUGCAUGUCACGGACCUGUUUACCACCAUAUUGGCCAUGGCCGGUGUUGAAAAGCCCGGUGAUAGGCCCAUCGACGGAAUCGAUCAGACGAAGUUCUUCCAGAAUCCGGGGUCGGAGAAGUCCCAAAGGGAAGGCUUCCUCUUCUACAUCAAAGACGAGCUGCGAGCCGUCAAGUGGAGGCAUUGGAAGCUGCAUCUGGUGUGGGAGCCAAAGGUGAAUCAAUCCUCGGGUAAACUGGAAUCUCCGUAUCUGUUCAACGUCAUUCGUGACCCGAAGGAAGAGUCUGAUAUCCUUGCCUACAACACGUGGGUGAUACAGCCGAUAAUGAAGAUGAGGACAGAGUUCCAAAAGAGUCUGAAGAAUGACCCGGCGCCCCCGGACCCUCUGAAAGAUUUGUAA